UGAUUGUGACACGAUGGCGUCAGAUGACUUUGACUUAGUGAUUGAAGCCAUGUUGGAAGCCCCCUACAAGAAGGAAGAGCAAAGGAAGGAGGUGAAAAAGGAUAGCCCAAGCAAUACCAGCACCAGCACCUGCAACAGUGGAGGAGGUGGCACCAGUGGAAGCAGCACCAGUGGGGAGACAAGCAAGAAGAAGAGGAGCCGCAGCCAUAGCAUAAGCAAGGAUCGGAAACGCAGCCGCAGCCGAGACCGCGACCGACACAGACAGAGAAAUAGCUGGAGCCGGAGCCGGAGCCGGAGCCGGGAUCGUCAGAAACGCCACCGAAGCCGCAACCCGGAUCGCCUGCGUGAGGAGCGUGUACGCUACAGGAGUCCACCCAUUGCUACUGGGCGCAGAUGUGGACACAGCAAGAGCCCCCAAUACAGAGAGAAGAGUCCAGUUGAGGAGCCUAUUGACAAUCUGAGCCCAGAGGAACGUGAUGCUCGAACAGUCUUCUGUAUGCAGCUGGCUGCCCGCAUUCGACCCAGAGAUCUAGAGGAUUUUUUUUCUGCUGUUGGCAAUGUACGUGAUGUGCGUAUUAUCUCAAACCGGAAAUCACGUCGCUCUAAGGGCAUCGCCUAUGUGGAGUUCUGUGAGAUCCAGUCAGUACCACUAGCAAUUGGACUAACAGGGCAGCGUCUGCUGGGUGUCCCCAUUAUUGUGCAGGCCUCUCAAGCUGAGAAAAACCGCUUGGCAGCCAUGGCCAACAACUUGCAGAAGGGCAGUGGGGGUCCUAUGCGGCUUUAUGUUGGCUCCCUACACGUUAAUAUCACCGAGGACAUGUUGCAGGGCAUCUUUGAGCCCUUUGGCAAAAUUGAUAACAUUGUCCUGAUGAAGGACCCAGAUACAGGCCACUCUAAAGGCUUUGGAUUCUUAACCUUUUCUGACUCAGAGUGUGCUCGGGGGGCAUUGGAAAAAUUGAAUGGCUUUGAGCUUGCAGGGCGACCGAUGAGGGUGGGUCAUGUGACUGAGCGACUGGAUGGUGGCACAGGUGUUACUUUUCCUGAUGGUGGUGAGGAACUGGACCUGGGUACCGCUUGUGGGCGGCUGCAGCUGAUAGCCAAAUUGGCUGAGGGCUCUGGUAUUCAGCUCCCAACCACAGCUGCUGCUGCCCUACAACUGAACGCAACUGCUCCCUUAGGAGCCCUGAACCCUGCAGCCCUGACUGCUCUUAGUCCAGCCCUGAAUCUCGACUCCCAGGCCAUUGCCUCACAGUGCUUCCAGCUCUCCAGCCUCUUUACUCCCCAGACUAUGUAAGAACCCAGCUCUGCUUCCUCUUGCCUCUGGG